AUGAGAAACAUGCAGCUCCUGGACGAGGAGCCGUGGCAAAGCCUGUGCGUGAAGGAGCUCGGCGGCCUCAAGAAGCUGAAGCGGAAGCACAAAGAGCCGCCCGCGAACGGCUACAAAAGUUUCAAAGUGGCGCUGAAAGUCAGCGAGCGCGCGGCCGGCGGGAGGCAGCUGGAGAGACCCGCGAGCCUGGUGCCCGAGAGCGGGGCGGCGGGCAGCUCCCAGGGGGCAGCGGCCCCGCCGCUCCUGGGCGGCAGAGAGGCGGGCAGCGCCGCCGGGGCGCUGGACAUGCGGAAAGGCGCUUUCCCGGCGGCAGGACUCGCCUCCCAGCCCCCGCGCAAAGAGCCCUGCUUGCCCCCGGCCGCUUUGAACGGGCUCCAGCCGUGCCCGGGGGAGCAGAGCCUCCCGUCCAGGCUCGUCUUGUGUCCGCCGCCGCCGCAGCGCCCUUUGGAAAGUGCCUACGCCUCGGUCGCACAUGGAGCUUACAACAGCACGCCCGAGUCCGCCGCAUCGCCUAGGAAACGGCUGGGGGAACCGGCAGGCGUCUCCUCGGAGAUCAAAGCCAUCCAGCAGACCCGGCGGCUGCUGGCGAACGCCCGGGAGAGGACCCGCGUGCAUACCAUCAGCGCAGCCUUCGAGGCGCUGCGAAAACAGGUUCCCUGCUAUUCUUAUGGUCAAAAGUUGUCCAAACUGGCCAUUUUGAGAAUAGCCUGUAACUAUAUCCUUUCCCUGGCCAGACUAGCUGACAUGGAUUACAGCGCUGACCACAGUAACAUGAGCUUCUCAGAAUGCGUGGAGCAGUGCACUAGGACCUUGCAGGCAGAAGGAAGAUCUAAAAAAAGGAAGAAUCCAGCUCUAAUACAGGCAAUUCUGUUCCAAUUUUUAGGCAGCAUUUUCUGCAGCCUCCCUACCCCCACUCCUGGGACGAACGAGUGGUGA